AUGGGGGGGCAAAAACAACAGGGACCGUGUUCCGGGCUCCGAGUGGGGCGCUGGUCUGCCCGCAGGGGCGGCUCCGUGGGCUACAGGCCCUUCCCGGGAGACGACUUGCCAGCGCCUGGCUCUCUGCGCUGCAGCCCUUGCUGGCUGGCUUCCCUGGGCACCGCAGAGCCGCCCAGCCGCAGCCAGGCCUCGUUGGCCGUGAAAAGCUGGAGCCGCUUUCCUUCGCGGCUUGCUCUGCAUUCACACGGAGAGGGCAGCCCGGAGCGAGCGCGCACCGCAGGCACCUUCCGGCCCGGCUGCCGCGCUUUGCCCCUGGCCCUCCGGCUCCGCACGCGGCGGGUCUCUCUGGGAGGUGCGGCUGCAGGUCCGGCCGGCCAUGUCGACUCGAGGGCCGCUCUGACGGGCGCCGAGGAACGGAGCUUCUGCCAGCGGCCCGCCCUUCGCUCCGGGCGCAGCGCGCGCCAACGGGCUCAGCCGCGGAACCAGCCCGGCGCAGGCGGCGGAAGCCUGAAGCCCCGUCGAGGCCAAGCCAAGCCGGACCCGCGACGGCAACAGCACACGGACCACGCGGCUUCAUCGCCAGAGGGGGCGGCGCGCCGCAGGCCUCCGGGCAAGGGCCGCAGGCACGGCCGGGCCCCGCCGCGCGCCCUCGCCGGGGGGGGGCGGGGGCCCGCGCGCGACCGAGGGGAGGCGCUGGGAGCGGGCCGCGGCUGUGCGCGGGGCUCCGGCGCCUCCUCCGGCCGGGGAACCUCCACGCCGCCCCGGGCACGCGCAGGAGCCGCCGGGGAGCCCGCCCAGACGCCGACAAAGCCCCCGAGGUGGGCGGGGCCGCGGGGAGCCCGGCGCCCGGCCGGUCUCGGCGCUGCAGCGGCGGCGGCCGCUGGCGAGGGGCGUCGCUUGGGCGGGCCGGGAGAGCCGCCUGGCUCGGCUCCGCUCGCCGGGCCGCCCUCGGAAGGGCGGGGCGCGGGGCGCGGGGCGGGGCUUCGGCCUCCAGCGGAGGGCUUCGGCACGGCAGGACGCGGCCGCUCGCCCGGAGGACCCUCGGAACGGCUCGCCGCCGCCUCUGCCAUGUCGGGGGCGGCGGAGGCGGAGGCGGAGGCGGAGGCGGCGGAGGCGGGCGGCGCCCGAGCCGAGUGGGCCCGCCUGGAGGAGGCCCACUUCCCGGCGGGCGCCGGGGCCGACGAGCGGGCCGAGUUCCGGGCCUUCGCGGCGCGGCUGCGGCGCUUGGGAGGGGCGGCCGGGCGGCUGCGGGAGCGCGAGGCGCAGCGGCGCAUCAACCUGCGGGUGGCGGCGGGGCGGGGCGGCGCGCGGGCGCGGGAGUUCGGCCGGGCGCUGCGGCUCUUCCUGGCCUUCCAGCAGCGGCGCGCCUUCCAGCGCCUGGCGCGGCUGCAGCGGGAGCGCGCGGCCCUGCCGGUGGCGCGCUUCCGGGCGGCGCUGCUGGCGGCCGUGGCGCGCAGCCAGGUGGUGCUGGUGGCCGGCGACACGGGCUGCGGCAAGUCCACGCAGGUGCCCCAGUUCCUGCUGGAGGCCGGCUACGCCCACCUGGCCUGCACCCAGCCCCGCCGCCUCGCCUGCGUCGCCCUGGCCACGCGCGUGGCCCACGAGAGCCUGCAGCAACACGGCAGCCGGGUGGGCUACCAGAUCCGCUUCGAGAGCAGGCGCUCGGCCGCCACCCGGCUGGUCUUCCUGACCGAAGGGCUGCUCCUGCGCCAGGCCCAGCGGGACCCGCGGCUGGCCGACUACCAGGUGCUGCUGGCCGACGAGGUCCACGAGCGCCACUUGCACGGCGACUUCCUGCUGGGGCUGCUGCGCCGCCUGCUGCCGGCCCGGCCUGACCUGAAGCUGGUGCUCAUGUCCGCCACCAUCAACCUCCAGCUCUUUGCCGACUAUUUUGGCGGCGCGCCCGUCAUUCAAGUCCCCGGCCGGCUCUUCCCCAUCACGGUCCUGUAUGAACCCACCCCCCCAGAAGAGGGGGCCAGGGGGCGUAAGGAACGGCUGGACCCCCGGCCCUACCUGCGUGUCCUGCAGGCCAUCGAUCACAAGUACCCUCCGGAGGAAAGAGGCGACCUGCUCAUCUUCCUCAGUGGAGCGGGGGAGAUUGGAGCCGUGGUGGAGGCGGCGCAGGCCUAUGCUACUCACACGCAGCGCUGGGUGGUCCUUCCUCUGCACAGCACUCUUUCCGUGGCUGAGCAAGACAAGGUAUUUGAUAUGCCCCCCCCAGGGGUCCGGAAGUGCAUCGUCUCCACCAACAUAGCAGAGACGUCAGUUACCAUUGAUGGUGUCCGAUUUGUUGUCGAUUCAGGGAAAGUGAAGGAGCUCAGCUAUGACCCCAAGGCCAAGCUGCAGCGACUGCAAGAGUUCUGGAUCAGCCAAGCCAGUGCGGAGCAGCGCAAGGGGCGUGCCGGUCGGACGGGUCCAGGGGUCUGCUACCGGCUAUAUGCUGAGUCGGACUAUGAUGCCUUUGUGCCCUACCCAGUGCCAGAGAUCCAGCGAGUGGCACUCGAUGCUCUAGUUCUUCAGAUGAAGAGCAUGGGCCUGGGGGACCCCCGAGCCUUCCCUUUCCUGGAGCCUCCCCCUGCGGCCAGCCUGGAGACUGCCAUGGGCUACCUGAAGCACCAAGGAGCGCUGGAUGCAGAGGAGAAUCUCACCCCCCUUGGGAGCCUACUGGCCGAGCUGCCGGUGGAGCUGGUGGUUGGGAAGAUGCUGGUGUUGGGCACCCUCUUUGGGUUGGCCGCCCCCACCCUGACCACGGCAGCUGUCCUGAGCGUGCCCUCCCCGUUCUUGCGCAGCAGCAGUGGACGGUGCGAUCCUGACUGGGCUACUGCACAGCGGCCCCUGGAGAGCCCCUUUGGGGACCCCCUGACAUUGCUGAACGUCUUUGAUGCCUGGGUUGAGGUGAAGUCUGAGAAUCGUGGAGGAUCUCGGCGGUGGUGCCGUCGUCGGGGCCUGGAGGAGCACCGGCUGUAUGAGGCAGCCAACUUGCGGCGCCAGUUCCAAGAGCUGCUCCGGGACCACCAUCUGCUGGAACCUGCUGCCCGGCCCAGUGACUCCUAUACGCGGCAGAGGCGGCACCGAGAGCGCCGGGAGCUGCACAGACUCAAGCGGGAGCACGAGGCAGGAGCAGGGCGGCGGCGCAAGAUGCUUCGCCUGCAGAAUGAGCAGGCUGGCUCCUCCUCGGGAGGCGAAGGGGACGUGGAGCGUGGCCUUGACAUCCAGGAUGUGAAGUUCCAGCUGCGUCAUGAUGUGCUGGAGCUGCAGGCAGCGGCCUCCGUGGCUCAGGGGCUGUCGCGCGCCCAGCUUGCUCUACUGCAGCUUGUGGUGGGCCGUGGCCUGUACCCACAGUUAGCGGUCCCAGACCCCUUCAACAGCACCCGCAAAGACUCGGACCAGAUCUUCCACACCAAGGAGAAGACAGGCGUCCUUCUGCAUCCCACGAGCGUGUUUGCCAACUCACCUGAGCUGCUGGCACAAGAUCGGGGGGCUGAGCACGGAGGCCACAGAGACUCAGAGGGCGGCCUGAGCAGCAACCACCAGAUUCUGGCCUUCGUCUCGCUGCUGGAGACCAACAAGCCCUACCUGGUCAACAACCUGCGCCUGCCUGCCUUGCAGGCCCUCCUACUCUUGGCCCAGUCCCUGGACACCAAUGCAGACUGCACGUGCAUCGUGGCCGAUUCGUGGCUGGAGCUGAAAGUCCCUGCAGUAGAGGCUGCUCUGAAGUUGCUCGCCACUGCCCUGCGGCUCCGUGCCUCCUGGGAGGAGAUCCUGGAGCGACAGCUGGGCUGCCGGAAGAGCCACAGCCAGGAAGAGGGAAGGGAGGAGAGCAGGCCCAGCUCCCAGCACGUGGGCCGGCUCACACGGGAGCUGCUGGCCUUCCUACAGGAGGAGGUGCAGUAUGGCCUGCGGCGGCUGACACCCCUAGAGCAACAGCACCUGUACCUGGGCCCCCGGAGGGUGCCGGAGGGGCUGCCCUGCCUGUUCCAGGGGAUGGAGGUGGUGCCUGAUGAGGUCAAGGGGGGCUACAAGGUCGGUGGCUUCCUAACACUCCAUUGCCUGGCUGGCGAGGGGGAUCUGUAUGGUGAAUGUCUGCGCAGCUUCUGGACAUGUCCACGUUGCGGUCUGCACAUGCCCUUCACUCCUCUGGAGCGUGUGGCCCAUGAAGACACCUGCCAGUCUCCAGAUGCGGAGGUGGAGCCUGACCUGGCUGGUCCUUCCGAAGAUGUGCUUCUGGGCCCUUCUGGGGCCUCUGGGCUGCAGCGGCCUCACUGUUGCCCCAUCUGCCAGCAGACGCUUCUUCUGACGCCCACGGAGAUCCUGCGUCACCAGAAGUGGCAUCAGGCCACCUCCGAAGGGUGACGAGUCUUGGCUGUUUGCCCAUCUCUCGGGCUGCCCAAGGAGAUGCUGAGUGGCCCGAGGCCAUAAGCCCUCCGUGUGGGAUGAAGAAAUCCCAAGCCACCUGCCGGGAGAGGGCCUGGCCUGGCCUGGUCUGGCCUUGGUUCCCAGAAGACCCGUCUUGGUGACAGAGGCAGAGCUAGCUGGUGGCUGCUGCCCUGGUGGGGGGCCCCACCCUCCACAGCCGCAACAGGAGACCUGAUGGUUUUCUCUGUCCCCCAAAAUGGCUUCAUACACUUGCUUCUUGCAUUUCCCGCUCUGUGUGUGUGUGUGUGUGUGUGUGUGUAGUGGGGGGAGGUAUCCCCUUUUGUGCUAACGGAUCUUGGACCCCAUGUAGUAAGCUCACCACAUCCUGGCUCUGUGAGGGGGUUGGAGCCCAACAAAUUGGCAGUUUUGUGACUUGAAGGUCCCUGCUACGCCCAGUUUGGACUAUGGGGGGCAGCAGUGUCUGGUUGGAGCCGUGCCUUAAUUCACUUCUUGUCAGCAAAAAGCUGGUUUUCUCUGUAUGGUAGGCGAGAUCCUCCAGUUCUCUGCUUGUUUCAUGACCCACUCUGGUGCCUUUCUGAGAGCCGGGUCACCAGAGCUGAUCUGAGUGUGGCAAACAGUGCCAAGGAGCUUUCUUCUGCACCUGCCCGAAACCUCUUGGCACGUGAGGCGGCCUUUUGUUGUGCUCGGUGGGGUUGAUGCAGAGCUUCCCAGUGAGACCCAGCUGGCGCUGCGCGUCGCCUGUUCACCCUCCUGGCUGGUGGUUGUGUGGGUCCCGAUGCGCUUGGCUCCCAAGGUGUCUUUGGGGCCGAGGUUCCCUUCCCAGUAAGCCCACCAGCUGCUCUACAGCUGGGCCUGUGGCUUUGCAGAGCUUCUGAGAACUGUUCAUAAGGAGCUCCUUCCUCACCUUUCAUUGCAGCAAUGGUUCGCAUCUGCCUAAUGGGGAGCGGGCUGCUGGCAGCUGUGCAAGCCCAUAGAAGUUUCGUUCCAGGUCCAGUUCCUUGCGUUCGUGUCCAUUGGCCAGCCCCCCCCCCCCCAAGCUGCUCUGCAUCUCCUGUGAGCCCUCGAAGUGGUGGUUUCCCUUGCUCUGGCUCUGUCUGCGCUGGCAGAUCUGGACAUUCGAGGCAGCGCUGGCAUUGCAUCGCGGCCCUGUGGUUCCCUAGGCACUCGAAAAUUCAAAAUGGUGCCAGGCAAGCUGAGGUGCCGUUGUUCUUUCUGGCUGCUGCUUCUGGAGAGACGAAGUGCUGCGUCAUCCCACCCAGCAAGGGGUGGGGGAGGCGGCAGCCUUCCUCCUGUCUUGGCUCCCUCCGGCCUGCCCACGCAGUCCAUGGCUGGUGCCCCUUCUUUUUCAAGAGGAGUGUGUCCUUAAUGGGCCUUCCAGGCCUGGCAAGGGCUGCUUUGGCGACAGAGGCCUUCACCAAGGCAUUUCUUGGCGAGGUUGCAUUUCACGUGUGAGGCACUGUAUCCACUUCCUUUACAGUCAUACAAGAAUUGCCUUUUUAAAAAUUUC